CUCCGAUUCCUCGAACUGGAUGAAUGGGACGAGCUUAAUAGCUAUGGGGAAGACGUGCCGACCGUGCUCCACUAUUCGAUCGAGUGGAAGGUCGCCGUCAAUAACAAGGUAGUGUCCAAGGACACUGAGCAAGGCGUUGUUUUGGUCCCCAUAGCCUACUGGCAUAUGAUUCUCAGGCCCAAGUUCGAAAGGCUUCUGCAAAACAAGUUUGGGGCUAAUAGGCAGAUGCAAUGUGACGACACUAAUGUGACUUUUUCAGUAACAGACCGUACGCAACGUGAUCUCGUCAAGCGCUCUGACAAUCUGGACCGCAUGAAGCCGAUCCGCUUGUCGCAGCCGGAUUCAUCCACGAAUACGAGAUGGUAUGACUUGAAAUCAGAGAGAUUGUGCAAAUAG